AUGUUGAACAGUGAUGUUUCUGACCAUAGGCUAAAUGUGGAAGCCAUAAUUAAAAAUAUUAAUACAAUUUCUUUGGAGUUGAAGAAGAUGAAAGAGCACUCCCAGUUACUGCUUUGUGACCUUACUCUACAUUUUAAUCACCCUGUGAAGACUGAUGACUCCAAGGAAACAGAAAGAAACAAGCCCCUCUUUGAAGAGUUUAAACUAUCAGAUGUAUCCCUUACUUCUAACCAUUUUUCUUCCUAA